CCAGCCAAAGCUAUUGUUUAUGUUAAUUAGUAUAAAACAUAAUCUGUAUUUCAUCAUUAGUUGGAGGAGUUUUAUUUUGUGUUGUUUUGUGUUAAAAAGCAGUGUUUUCUCUGUGUAUUCUGUGACAGCAUUUAAAGGGUUAACCCAGUGGGGACAUAGUUGAGUGAGACACGAGCCCGGAGAAAAAGGAAGGAGGAAGAGGUGAGCGACGUGGGGGGUGGCUAACAGAAGGUGUGCGAACGAAAAGGGACAGAGGCAGUCUGUAUUUUCUGGAUAAGCAGCUUUUCAAAACUUGUGUGUUUGAGGUUUUUUAAUGAUUGUUUCCACGACAGUCAGUAGAAGAAGACCAUCGGCACGUUAACGGAAGAAAGGAACCUCCACAAGGCGUUUCGGUAUCGUUGAUUGUGAAACAAGUUAGCGGAUGCUAACAGCUCUGCAGGCGUAGUCUAGAGGCUGUUCGCAACAAGUGAGCCGAGUGUGCUAGACUAGUUUAACUUCUCCAGUUAGACCUUGAGUGGGGUAGUCUGUUCGUUUUCAUCCAGAAGACACAUAGAGGACAACCCAGAUAGAGCUAACGACCAAGGCUUCCCGGCUACCGUAGCUUUCUGACAACGAGGGAUGCAAGACUGUGGCUGGACAUAAACAUCAGUGGAUCUGCUGUGUUCCUGCACGUGAGUGACUGACAUCGGAAUAUACAGAGACACGUUUCUUUUAAUUUGCUUUCCAAGGAGUGAAGGGGCCGUAUUGGUUUUGGGCCACAACGAACACUAGCAACGACCAGGCCUGCAACGUAAAGUGUGGGGUUAACAAGGUGUUUAACUUUGCCGGCUUUAGGGGACAGUGUCUGAGUGUGAGUGUGAGAGUGGUGUGUUGUGGGCCCACAAAUUAGUAUAGGUGUCUAUUAACUCAAGUAACUGUAAGACCGGUGUUAUUCCAGUUUGUAACUAAGGAUGACAUGUUAUGUUAUAUUUUGGUAAAGACUAUGCUCUUUUUUGACAUUUGAUAUAUUGCACAACUUUUGAAUUAAUUACUAAAUAAUUGAUAAUUAUUUUUCGAAAAGUGGUGUUGUGUGAAUUCAUUUACUUACCUGUCUAUUUCGUUUAGCACUAAGGAUCUGCAUACUUAAACAGUUAAAAGAAAUUCAAAAUAGUUAAAACUGAGUUGAUCAGAAUUAGAUUAAUUGAUUUAAAAGAACCCAAAAGCCCUCUCCUCAGUCACAUGACUACGAGGGGACGCUACAUAAAAUGGAGGCACCGCUGGGAUUGUUUUGGAUUUCAAAAUAAAACGUACUUAGAAAAAACAUCGAGAUAAAAUAACAGUUUAAGUAUUAAGUUAAACACCAAGCAGUGUUAAUAUGGAUUUGUUAUUACCAGAACUAGUGUCAGAGCUAAAGCGCUGGUGUCGUGGUGAGGGUUUAAGCGUGACUCAUGCCCUGAUGACCAUUGUCCCAGAAGAAGUGGAGAUGAGCAAAGUGGAAGAAACCCUGGAAACAAUCAAGUGUCUGGGACGAGUGAGGGUCAGAGGAAAGAAUUUCAGUGCAAGGCUGGAUAGCCGUAUGGUCUUGUGUGAGACCAGGGAGACAGUCAAGGAUCCGAGUGUCCCUCCUGAAGUUGUGCCUAUUGAAGGUGGAGAGGCGUGGCCUAUAAUCAUCGUAGGGGAAGUACAGGCAGCUGCUGAAGAGUUUAAUGACAAACUGCAAGGGCUGUUAGUGGCAGAAGGAAAGACUAUGGAGGACCUUAAGUCACUGUUUCACCGCACAGAACCAUCCACAAGCUCCACUGAAUCAAUACUACGUGCCGUAGGUGAUUUGUUGGACAAGACCAUAAACCCCUCUGAUGGUGGACACCACGUUCGUCUACGCAUGUUCUCAGGAGCCUUACCUACUCCAACAGGUGAAGAACCCUUCGACCAUUGGUUAGAACAAGCAUGUAUUAUGGUAGAGGAAACUGACUGUUCAGACAAAGAGAAAAGAAGAAGACUAAUGGCAAGCUUGAAAGGGCCAGCCCUUGGAAUAGUGAAAGCAGUGCGACAUGCCAGCCCUGACGCCACCCCAAAAGAGUGCUUGGACGCUCUCGAAAGUGCUUUUGGAAGUGCAGAGUCCGGUGAUGACCUCUAUUUUGCAUUCCGUCUGAUGCAACAGCAACCAGGGGAGAAACUAUCUGAUUUCCUCAGACGCCUAGAACGGUCUCUGGCGAAGGUGAUACAGAGAGGUGGCCUGCCUGCUAGCAGCAUGGAUAGAGUCAGACUGGAGCAACUGCUGAGGGGUGCUACUGUCUCAGACCUGAUGCUGAUCCAGCUACGCUUGCGUGAAAGGAAGAGCGCACCGCCCAACUUUUUACAGCUCUUGAGUGAGAUUCGUACUGAAGAGGGAUAUGAAGCGUCUAGGAAGAAGCUCAGUGCCUCAGUACGCCAAGUAUACGCCGACCCUGAAGUGGAUGGGAAACAAGCGGAGAUCCAGAACUUAAAAGCUGAACUAAAGGAGCUAAAGUCAAUGGUUGCAUCAGUUGUAACUAAACAAUCUCGCUCCAAGGAUGACCACUCAGAGUUAACGCACUCAAGUAUGCCACCUAGCCCAGAGAACCGGCAUGACCCGGAACUGGCUGCUUUGAAAAAAGAACUGAAACGAAUGAAACAGAAAGUCAAGAAUAAAGUGACUGAGCCAGACGCUGCAGUUUCGGUUUCGACCAUGGAGGCUACCAAACAGGUUCACAACUCUCCCAAAAGAGUACCCAAAGGUGAGAAUUUCUGCUACCGAUGUGGCGAAAAUGGACAUUUUGCUACAAAGUGUGGGAACACUGAGAAUCAAGCCAAGGUCAUAAAGAAGCUAAUACAGGCAUUGAAAGUCACUAGACAACGGUCUGGUGAUGCGGCAACCAGUGAAGUGAACUGUCAUGCCAAACAAGGUGCUGUUACUACAAUAGAGCCUGUUGGCAUCCCUGAAGGCUUGAUUGGCCCACCCAGCAUUGUACCCCUGAAGGUGAAUGGACACGCUUGUGAUGCUUUGUUUGACAGUGGCUCUCAAGUGACCAUUAUAUUUGAGUCUUGGUAUCAGACCUACCUUUCUGAUGUACAAAUACGUCCAGUGUCUGGUCUAGCACUCUGGGGCCUAAGUGAGUCUGACCUCAGCUACCCCUACCGUGGUUAUGUGGUGGUUGACAUGGAAUAUCCAGCAAAAGUAGCAGGUGCCGACAAGAUUGUGACAGUCCUUGCUCUUAUCUGCCCCAGCCCCCGUACUGCGGACCAAACUCCUGUCAUUGUGGGAACUAAUGCCAGUCAUGUCCGACGUCUUGUGCAGCAAUGUAAGGAGGAGGGCAUUGACAUCACCCGGACACUGGGUAUACAAGGCUGUUGCAGAGAUGAAGAUUUGGCAGCAUGUGGCACGGCUACAGCCACCGAAGUGGAGGAUGAUAUUGGCUGUGUGACAUGGCAAGGCCCAGGCCCACUGACUAUACCUCCUGGUGGUGAUUGCAGUCCUGUGUGCAAAGUUGACUUCAAACACCAAGUCAACAAGGAAGUUCUGAUGGUUGACUCAUCUCCCUCAGCUCCACUCCCAGCUGGUGUGCUACUACAGCCUAUGGUAGUGUCCAGUGAAGAAGUUAAGGUCAACUACUUCAGAAUCUUUGUCCAGAACGAGUCGCUGACAGAGACCAUCAUACCCGUUGGAACUGUCAUCGGACAUAUGUACCUGACUGAUGCAGUCACUACAAUCACUCCUUCCAAGACAGCAGCACAAGAGUUUGAUGCUAAUCUGAUCAACUUUGGAGACUCACCUGUCACAGAGGAGUGGAAAAGAAGACUCCGUAAAAAACUAUCCACCAGGUCUUCAGUAUUCUCCCUCCAUGAAUGGGAUGUCGGAUUGGCCAAAGACGUAAAGCACACAAUCCGUAUGUCAGAUCCACGGCCGUUCAGGGAGCGCUCUCGACGUCUGGCACCAGCCGAUGUGGAAGACGUGAGAAAACACCUCCAAGACCUGUUGCGUGCGGGGAUCAUCAAGGAGUCGCGUAGCCCAUACGCAUCCCCAAUCGUGAUUGUUAGAAAGAAGAAUGGGGCCGUGAGAAUGUGUAUUGACUACAGAUUGUUGAACAGCCGAACAAUCCCAGAUCAGUAUACAACCCCAUGCCUCGAUGAUGUUCUGGAUUCCAUGACGGGAAGCAAGUGGUUUUCCGUGCUUGACCUGCGGAGUGGCUAUUACCAAAUUGCCAUGGCCGAGGAAGAUAAAGAAAAGACGGCAUUCAUCUGCCCACUGGGGUUCUUCCAGUUUGAAAGGAUGCCACAAGGAAUUACUGGAGCCCCAGCCACCUUCCAAAGGUUAAUGGAGAAGGCGGUGGGUGACAUGAACCUGCUGGAGGUCCUAGUAUACCUCGAUGACCUGAUUGUGUUUGGCAGAACCCUGGAAGAGCAUGAAGAGCGACUGCUCAAAGUUCUAGAUCGUCUUGCAGAGGUCGGCCUGAAGAUCUCAGUUGACAAGUGUCAGUUUUGCCUGCCCAAAGUGCAAUACCUGGGACACAUUGUGUCCGCUGAUGGUGUCUCUCCUGACCCAGCCAAGGUCGAGGUAGUCACAAACUGGCCACAGCCUACUCACCUGAAAGCUCUUCAGUCAUUCCUUGGGUUCUGUGGAUACUAUAGGCGUUUCAUAGCCAACUAUUCAGCGAUCGUCAGGCCGUUGUCAGAACUCACUAAAGGCUAUGCCCCAAGGCAGAGGAGUAUGAAGCUCGAGAAAGACAGCACAAAGGCUUACCUUAAAGAGUCUGAGCCCUUCGGUAAGAGAUGGGACAAGUCCUGCACUGAAGCGUUCCGUCAGAUUAUUCAUUGUCUCACUCACGCACCUGUCCUGGCUUUCGCAGAUCCAAACAAGCCAUACAUCCUACACGUAGACGCCAGUUUGAAGGGACUUGGCUCGGUCCUCUAUCAGCAGCAUAGUGAGGGACUGAGGCCUGUGGCAUUCGCCAGCAGGAAGUUGAAACCACCAGAGAGAAAUUACGCAAUACACCAGCUGGAGUUUCUGUCUCUGAAGUGGGCCAUAGUGGAUAAAUUCCAUGAUUAUCUCUAUGGCGCCAGAUUCACUGUGCGUACAGAUAACAACCCGCUGACGUAUGUGCUCUCAACCGCCAAGCUUAGUGCUGUUGGGCACAGAUGGCUGUCUGCAUUGUCCACCUAUGACUUUGAUGUACAGUACAGACCCGGCAGACACAACAUUGAUGCCGACCUGUUGUCCAGAAUGAUGCCGGAUGAGGGUCAAGAGGAAUGGGAGACCAUACCACAGACUGGAGUGAGAUCCAUCUGCAAGAAAGUAUGCAUUCCUGGAUCCUUGGUCAACUCACCAAGAUAUGUGGACCAGUUAGGAGCCUCUCCUGACUGCGUGCCUGACAUCUAUGCGUUCCCGACACACUUGGAGCUGAAGUCAUUAGGACAAAUGUCAACUCAGGACCUGAUUAAAGCCCAAGAAGAGGAUGCAGAAAUCAGCUCUGCUCUUCAAGCUGUUAAGCAAGGAAAAUGGCCUGAAGGGAAUGUGUCCAGCCCAGAACAGGCUCGUCUGAAGAAGGAGAUGGGAAGGCUGAUGAUGAAAGAUGGACUGCUACAUCGCUUAAGCAAGAGAUCUUCUGGAGAAGACGUCACUCAACUCGUCUUACCAAGAGAGUUCAGAGAAGUUGUGUUGAGGGCCUCACAUGAUGACUUGGGACACCUUGGUGUAGAGAGAACUACCGACCUGUUGAGGAGCCGAUUUUUCUGGCCUAAAUUGGCAUGUGAGGUGGAGCAGUACAUCAAGAACUGCGGAGAGUGUAUUACGCGAAAGACUCCUAGCCAGAGAGCAGCUCCCUUAUGUCAGAUUGUGAGCAGUGGACCGAUGGACCUAGUCUGCAUCGAUUUCCUGUCAAUGGAACCCGAUUCUUCAGGCAUCAGUAACGUGUUAGUCGUGACUGAUCACUUUACACGUUAUGCCCAGGCUUUCCCCACCAGAAACCAGAAAGCACAGACAGUGGCAAAGGUCCUGGUGGACAAGUACUUUCUACAUUAUUCUCUGCCAGCUCGGAUCCACUCAGAUCAGGGGAGAGAUUUUGAGUGCCAGCUAAUAAAAGAGCUCCUGAAGAUGCUGGGAAUCAGAAAGUCACGGACCACUCCGUAUCAUCCUCAAGGGGACCCACAGCCCGAAAGGUUCAACCGAACUUUACUUUCCAUGCUGGGAACUCUUGGCUGUGAGAAGAAACGGCAGUGGAGCAAACACGUUGGUUACUUGGUGCACGCCUACAACAGUACCAAGUGUGAUGCUACAGGGUACUCACCCUAUUUCUUAAUGUUCGGCAGAGAAGCGAGGCUUCCUAUGGACGUGUGUUUUGGAACUUCUCCUGACGGAAAAGAUGAAGCUUGUCACUCACGCUAUGUAGCCAAGUUGAAAGAGGACUUGCAGAGAGCUUACCAGCUUGCCUCUGAAGCUGCUGACAAGACACAUCAGAGGAACAAGAGGUCCUACGAUAAGAGAGUCGGAUUCCAGACACUGGAUAUCGGCGACCGAGUGCUACUGAGGAACUUGGGAUUGAAAGGAAAACACAAGCUGGAGAGUAGGUGGAGCUCUAUCCCUUUUGUUGUAUUGGGAAAGAUGCCCAAUCUUCCUGUGUAUAAAGUCAAACCUGAAGAUGGAGGCGGAGGAGUCAAAACUCUUCAUCGCGAUCAUCUCUUACCGAUUGGGGAGUCAGUGAGAAUGCCAACUGUGAGCAAGGAGGAAACCUCACCUGUUAAGCCAAGAACAAGGUCCGAGACAAUCAGGAAGGUAAAGAAAGUCUUACCUGAGAUACGAAAGACUCUGCCAGAGUUACAAGACCUUACAGACUCGUCAUCAGACGAAGAACAUUACCUACCUCAGAAACCCUACAGUACCUACCUGAAAGAAAUCCUGCAAAGAGAAAAAGAUACUGCCAGACCUGAAGCCCCCGGCCGAGACCACAGUGACUCUCAACAGUCAGAUGAAAAUCCUGUUGAAGAGGACAUGUCGGAGGAUGAGAGUUCAGAAGAGGAGAACCAAAGCGUUGGCGAAGUGGAUACAGCUCAAGAUUCCGUUCCCGAGGAAGAAAGUGAACCUGAGGCAGGAAGUGAUCCUGAGUCAAACCCUUGCCACGACAACCAGACACCUGCCAGGUCUAAUUUCACUAACAAACUUGAAACUCGCCCUAAGAGAAGCGUGAAGCCAGUCAUUAGGUUAACGUAUGAUGAACCUGGUAAAGCAAGAGAUCAGCCUCUCACCAUAGUUCAUAGAGGUGUGAUCAUAAAAAUAGGUAAAUGUUAAGUUCAGUAUUU